AUGCCCCGAACAUACGUGCCUGUGCGGACGGGGUGGGCCUUUGGCGUCGUCGCCUUCUUCUUCGUCAUCCUCAUUCUUCACAAUAGCCGACGCCUGGCUGCCUCCGGUUCGCUCCUGCAGUUUCCCACCAAAGUCAAAGCUCCAGAAACACAGGGCCAAGACCGUCUGCUUGACGACAUCUACAACAGCACGCUCGGGUUCGAGAAGAUCAUGGUCGUCAGCUUGCCCUCGCGGACCGAUCGCCGGGAUGGCAUGGUUCUCCAAUCAGCCCUCACCCACAUGUCCAUCGACUUCAUAGACGGGCUGUCAGGCUCAGCCGUCCCGGAAAAGGCCAUCCCGAAGAUAGAAAACAUGGGGCACAUUGUCGACGCCGAGCUGGGAUCUUGGAGGGGACACAUGAAUGCGAUUCAAGAAGUCAUCCGCCAAAACCUGUCAUCGGCCUUGAUCAUGGAAGACGACGCCGACUGGGACAUCAGACUCAAAGAACAGCUCCGCGGCGUCGCUCUCGCAACCCGAGCCCUCACGCAGCCGCUCAUAGGAUACCCGGACGCCUACGCUGAUCCAACGUACCCCAAGCCGGCCAACAAGUCGGCAUCCGUCGUUACCGAGAUACCCUUCGAGAAACUUCCCAGGACGGAGCCUCCCAAAAUCUCCCCAUACGGCGACGACUGGGACGUCUUCUGGAUCGGCCACUGCGGCCAGACCUUUCCACACAACGACAACCUGGAAUUGCCCAAGGGUCGUGUGAUUCGACACAAAGAUGUCACGGUUCCGGAGAAGAAACAUCUCGAGAGUCUCUACAUUAAACCCUUUGUCCUCAAAAACGACUAUCCCGAUCACACCCGCGCCGUGCACCACUCCCAAUGGGGUACCUGCACUCUCGGCUAUGCAAUCAGCCAGCGAGGAGCACGUAACAUUCUGUUCCAGCUCGGCCUCAAGGGAGCCAAUGCGCCAUUUGAUCUUAUGCUUCGGGCAUUUUGCGAUGGAGAGCCGGGACGCGGGAAGAACAAGUGCCUGACCACGCAGCCGUCGCUGAUGGAGCACUACCGACCCGUCGGUCCCUACAAAGACGAAAGCGACAUCAAGAGCGGCGUGGAAGGCUUCAGAACCGAAGGCGAGACUAAAAUGAUUCGAUGGAGUGUGAGGCUGAAUACCGAGAAGCUGAUCAAGGGCGAGCCUGAUCUGAUCGACAAAUAUCCCGAUGCAGAGGAGAAGAAAGAAUGA